AUGGUCAAUCCAGGGAUCGUGUACCUCGUGGUGAGCUCACAUGAGACUGGGCUCCAGAGCGUCAUUCACGUAUCGAGCGCGUAUUUAGCAAUCCCCAUUGCUCACUACCAAAGAUUGUUCGCCAUCGUACUUCCCAUAAUCGGCGCGGCAAAUGCCUUCUAUUAUCCUCGUCUGCUCUUCAACGCAAGCCAGUCACCAGCUCGUGCCCAGCAGCUUCUGCCAACAAUUAUCCAAAGCUUGCAAGGAAUCUUGACGACUGUGUUCGCUGUUUUGUUUUUCCAAAUCGCCGUACCCGGCGUCUAUCUCAACUGUGGGUUAUCCACGACAUGGCAACAAAUGUUUGCCCAGAAGGACGAGGCCUCGAUUCGACAAAUCCAAGAAAGUUUUGACUGCUGCGGCUUCAACACUCCAAAAGACCGUGCCUGGCCGUUCACUGGCGACAUUCAAUGUGCGCAAAGAUAUGGACGCAACACCCCGUGUAUCGGGCCAUGGCGGCAGGCGACAAUCAGAAAUUCGGCCAUCGACCUGGGGGUUGUUCUGGCCGUAGGUGGUUUACAGAUUCUUACUCUGCUCUUCGUGCAGAGCGCUAGCAACUGGAGGCAUGCUUGGUGGGCACAGGGAUGGCGACACCUUUCAGAACGCCCCAUUGAGGAACGCGAGCGCACUCGACCUCUUCUGACUGCUGCCGCCACCGCCGCCGUUGCCGCCGUCCAAACCGACAGCGGCGAUGAAUCUGAUGUGCCCAUAACCUACCGCGACCUCAGUCCCCAGUACGGUACCACCGGUGAUGGACCUCGUGGUAGGCCUCGCGCUACUGCUGGUCGCAUCGAGCCCUCCUCACUAAGAAAUGUUUGGGACGCCGAAUAG